AUGGCGCCCUACGUGACUGAAGAGGCUACUUCCUCCUUGCCAGUCUCCAAAUCUGGCCCUAUCGAAAGCCCAGCCCAGCCCAGCUCAGUCAGCACACUAAAUGCCCCCAUGGAGUCGCUGAACAACUUCUCAGAGCUCCUCCAUCGAGCUGCCACCACCACGAGUGGGCUCACAUUCUACCAGCCCGGCAAGAAAGCCUCGCACGUCUCCUAUGCCAGCCUGCUAGACGACGCAAAGCACAAUGCCCAUCUGCUGAGCAGCAUCGACGGCCUCUCGCCCUCGACAAUCCUCCUCCUUCACUUUGACAGCCAGUACGACACGAUCCGGUGGUUCUGGGCGGCGACGCUGGCAGGUCUUCUGCCGGCCAUUUCGACGCCAUUGGUGAACGAUGCCGCACAGCGGAAGAAGCAUCUCGCUCAUCUCCAGAGUCUGCUGCUGCUGCCCGUCGUGCUGACGGCAGAGCAUCUGGUGCCAGAGUUUGACGGCGUGGAAGGUCUGCGUGUGCACGCCGUCGAGUCACUAGAUGCGAGCAACGAACAACUAUCGAGCUUUGCUGCUGCAACGGGACCGGAGAAGAGUAAAGACGACAUCGCCGUGCUUAUGCUGACCUCAGGAAGCACAGGCAAUGCUAAAGCGGUCUCCCUUCGACACGGCAAGGUGCUGAAAGCAGUCCAGGGCAAGAGUGCUCACCAUGGCACUGUUCCUGGAGACGCCUUCCUCAACUGGGUUGGCCUAGACCAUGUUGCGAGUUUGACCGAGAUCCAUCUGCAUGCGAUGAGCCUGGGCAGCGACCAAAUCCACGUCCCUGCGUCCGAGCUGCUGCGUGAUCCCCUGCGCUUCGUCCAGCUGCUUGAACAGCACAAGAUCGCCUACACCUUCGGGCCCAACUUCUUCCUGACGCAGGUGCGAGACAGUCUCGUCGCCAAUCCCACGCUCACAGCAGACCUAUCACCGCUCAAAGCGCUCAUUUCCGGCGGUGAGUCCAACGUCGUCGCGACCUGCGACGCACUGACGCGCGAGCUUCGCCGCUUCGGCGUCAAGAACGAAGUCAUCCGCCCCGGGUUCGGCAUGACCGAGACCUGCGCCGGAUCCAUUUACUCUCGCACAUGCCCAUCGUUAGAUAUUGCGGCUGGUCUCGAGUUUGCAAACCUGGGCACCUGCAUCCCCGGCAUCCAGAUGAGAGUGAUGAGCCUGGCAGCCAAGGAUGAACAGGCACCCGACGGCGAAGUGGGCGAGUUCCAGGUCUCCGGCCCCAUCGUGUUUGACCAUUAUUUCAACAACCCCGAAGCAACAGCCGACUCCUUCUCGGCUGACGGGUGGUUCAUCACGGGCGAUCUGGCCUGGAUUGAUACAUCCGGGAACCUGAACCUGGCCGGUCGGACCAAGGACACCAUCAUCGUGAAUGGGGUCAAAUGGAGCUCGACAGAGAUCGAAACGGCCAUCGAGGAAGAAGGUAUCCCGGGGCUUGUGCCAUCGUUCACCGUGGCCUUCCCACACCGCGCCACUGGUUCGCCGACUGAAGAUAUUGCUGUCGUGUACUCGCCGGCAUACGCCGCGGAGAACGACCAAGCCCGCUUUGAGACAGCCACGGCCAUCGCGAAGACGGUAGCACUGAUCACAGGCUGGAAGCCGGCACACCUAAUCCCAUUGCCGCAGGGCCUGCUUGACAAGUCGUCUCUAGGCAAGAUAUCACGCACCAAAGUCCGCACCGCGUUGGAGCAGGGUGAAUAUGCCGCCUUCGAGCAGCAAGACCUCGCAGCCCGCAAGCGCUACCAGGAGUCGACAUGGAGGAAGCCCGAGACGGCGACAGAGAAGACCAUUCAAGCACAGCUGGUCAAGCUGCUGGACAUUCCGCCGGAGGAGGUUAGCCUGGACUCGUCCAUUUUCGACCUGGGCAUCGGCUCGUUCAACCUGAUUCUGCUCAAGGCCAUGAUCCAGGACGCGAUGGACACGAAGACCGACAUUCCCAUGUCUGUAUUGUUGACAGAUCCCACCGUCAGCGCCAUUGCCUCCUCCAUCGACAAACUCCUCUCCAGCCCCCCCGUGUACAACCCCAUCGUGCCCCUGCAACCACACGGUACCAAAACACCGCUCUUCUGCAUCCAUCCAGGCAGCGGCGACAUCCUCGUCUUCAUUGCGUUGGCCGCGCACUUCCCAACACGCCCCGUGUACGCCAUCCGCACUCGCGGCUACAACCCUGACGAGCGCCUGUUCGCCUCCAUCCGCGAAACCGCCGAGACAUACGCGCACCACAUCCGGCUGACGCAGCCACAGGGCCCCUACGCCAUCGCAGGCUACUCGCUGGGGUCCACGCUGGCCUUUGAAGUUGGCAAAGUGCUCGAAGCCCAGGGCCAACAGGUCCACUUCCUCGCCAGCAUCGACUACCCGCCGCACAUCGCACACUACGUGCAGCACCUCAACUGGACCGACGUCCUGCUGCACAUCGCCUUCUUCCUUGAACUCAUCGACGAGGCCACCAUGCUCCGCAUCACGCCGCACAUGCACACGCUCGACGACAACCGCGCCGCCGCACUCGACUACAUCCUCGCGCUCGCCGACAAGACACGCCUGCACGCCCUCGCCAUUGACGCCGCUCGUCUCGCCCUCAUCAGCGACAUUGCCGAAAACUUCCGCGUCAACGUCGAAACCUACCAGCCCCAGGGCAGCGUCGAAAGACUGGACGUGUUUGUCGCCGACCCGCCGAGAUACGCUGCGCGCGACCGCCGCGACUGGAGGGAGAACAAGCUGGGCGCCUGGGCGGAUUUUGUGCGCGACGACAAGAUUGAGUUCCAUGACUGUCCGGGCAUUCAUGCCAAGAUGUUGAACCGCGAGCACAUGGCGGAUUUUGCGCGCAUUUUCAAGGCGGUGAUGAAGCGGCGGGGKGUGUAG